GCGUUCUCAUUCCGAAAGGCCCCUGGGUGCGGGGAAUGCAGAGGCUGUGCCGGGGGGUCGGCUUGCCUGGGCGCGCAGUGCGCGUGCGUGGGGCUGGGAGCUGGGUCCUCGGAGUAGGUCGGACAUGGCGGCGGCCGACGGGGCUUCGCCGGAGGCGGCGGCUUUAGAACAACCCGCGGAGCUGCCUGCCUCGGUGCGGGCGAGUGUCGAGCGGAAGAGGCAGAGGGCACUGAUGCUGCGCCAGGCCCGGCUGGCUGCCCGGCCCUACCCGGCGACGGAGGCUGCGGCUACUGGAGGCAUGGCUAAUGUAAAAGCAGCCCCAAAGAUAAUUGACACAGGAGGAGGCUUCAUUUUAGAAGAGGAAGAAGAAGAAGAACAUAAAAUUGGAAACGUUGUUCAUCAACCAGGACCUGUUAUGGAAUUUGAUUAUGUAAUAUGUGAAGAAUGUGGGAAAGAAUUUAUGGAUUCUUAUCUUAUGAACCACUUUGAUUUGCCAACUUGUGAUAACUGCAGAGAUGCUGAUGAUAAACAUAAGCUUAUAACCAAAACAGAGGCAAAACAAGAAUAUCUUCUGAAAGACUGUGAUUUAGAAAAAAGAGAGCCACCUCUUAAAUUUAUUGUGAAGAAGAAUCCACAUCAUUCACAAUGGGGUGAUAUGAAACUCUACUUAAAGUUACAGAUUGUGAAGAGGUCUCUUGAAGUUUGGGGUAGUCAAGAAGCAUUAGAAGAAGCAAAGGAAGUCCGACAGGAAAACCGAGAAAAAAUGAAACAGAAGAAAUUUGAUAAAAAAGUAAAAGAGGUUGUUCCCGCCUUCCUGAAUAGGCCACAAAGGGCUGAGAUUGGAGUAGACACUGUAGAGAGUAGACACAAGGAGCUUACUGUACAGUUUUCUCAGAGGCUCAGAACAGAGAGGAAUAAAAGCAAGUCUAAAAGUAUUUUAGUUGAAAAGAAAUUGGAACCUGGUUCCUCUUGGUCUUCUGAUUUUGAUCCACAAAGAAGCUGACACAGUUUACUUCUUUAUGGGAAGAAUUGCGGCGAGCAGUAAGAAGCAGCGUGUGGAAAAGGGAGACGAUUGUUCAUCAACAUGAGUAUGGACCAGAAGAAAACCUAGAAGAUGACAUGUACCGCAAGACUUGUACUGUGUGUGGCCAUGAACUGACAUAUGAAAAAAUGUGAUUUUUUUAGUUCAGUGACCUGUUUUAUAGAAUUUUAUAUUAAAGGAAAUUGAUUGGUCAUGUUCAAAAUUCAAAAAAAAUGCAACGUCUUCUUAGAUGAAUGAAACCCUUGUAUAAGUAAUGCUUCAGUAAUAAUUAUGUAUGUUAUGGCUUAAAAUUAGCACAUUUCAAUGUGAAGGUCGCCUGGCCUGGUUGUGUGCAGAAUGUCAUGUCUGCAAUUGCUUUCUUACAACAGAGAUGGGAGCUGAGUGCUAGAGUAGGUGAAAAAGUGAUAGGUCAGCUACAAAUUUGUGGACAAGAUACCAAGGCAAACCCUAGAUUGGGGUAGAGGGAAAAGGUUUCAAUAAAGGCCACAGCUGGCUGAACUGGAUUCUUAACCAGGAAACAAAUGGUGGUGUACCACUGUACCCUAGGUUCUGGUCAUGUGUUUUUUAGGACGAUUUCUGUCUCCACGAUGGUGGAAACAGUGGGGAACUACUGCUGGAAAAAGCCCUAAUAGCAGAAAUAAACAUUGAGUUGUAGGAGUCUGAUCAUGUUUUCUGUACUCUUGGGGCCUCUAUUGUGGGCCCUAACAUUAGUCUAGAUAGCUUUUUAAAUGUUGGAUUAAAGUGGAAAAGAGU